GACACUCGAACGUUGUCAUUAAUGGUGGAGGUAACUGUGGUGGUGCAUGCCUGUCACUCCGCCCGUGCUUGAUUAAUUGUUGACGAUGGCUGCCAAUGGUAAUAUGGUUGAGCAGCAGCUCAUUGCUGCCACUCAGAUCAUUGAGCAGCAGCUUGAUGCUGAGAUAGAGCGGAUGGACAACCUGGAUUCAGACGACCUGGAAGUGAUCCGGCGGGAGCGGCUGGCGGCCAUGAAAAAAAAGCAGGAGAAGAAGCAGGAAUGGAUUACCAAUGGCCACGGCACAUACUCGGAGCUUUAUGAUGAGAAGGAAUUCUUUGAGGCAACCAAGAAGUCGGAAAACUUGGUGUGUCACUUUUACCGGGACCAGUUUGUUCGGUGUAAGCUGGUAGACAAGCAUCUCGAUAUCCUCGCCAGGAAGCACAUUGAAACAAAGUUCUGCAAGAUUAAUGCAGAAAAAGCUCCAUUCUUGACAGAGCGGCUUAAGAUCCGAGUGUUGCCAACCCUUUGUUUGGUGAAGAAUGGCAAGACCAAAGACUAUGUUGUGGGCUUCACUGAUCUGGGCAACACUGACGACUUCUCCACCGAGAUGAUGGAGUGGAGGAUUGCAAGAGCGGAUGUGGUGGAGUACCAAGGUGACCUGCUGUGCCCACCCUCAUCCAAGUCAUCUGGUCAGAGGAUGGACGUUCGCAAGAAGAAGACCAUCCGUGGCAGGGAUGAUGACAGUGAUGACAGUGACUCUGAUUAGUGUUAGAAGCGAGUCUGCUGUGAGUGGUUUGCCUUACAUGUGUCUUGGUCUCUGCUGUCCUUCAUGUGUGGGAGGGAAUGGGGAGUUCAGGUCAUAGGGCAUGGGAGGAUGGGUUAUUUGCAGGUCUUCUCUAUUUACUGAAAUGUCAGGGAUCACAUUUCAGAUGAGGUAAUAACAGUGACACAUUUAGCACAUAAAAAGUAUUUGAAGUAAGAAUCUUGACUCAAAUCUGAAAUGUGUUAUCAGGAUGAUCAUAGCUUCCAGCACAGCUUAGCCAUAAUGAAAUGUGGCACAGACACCAGACGGGCAGUGAGUGAAUGUUUGCUGACUGGCUGCUGAAGGUUACUUUGCACAAGCUCAUUGUUGGCUGUCGGCUGUUCCUCGUGGCACCACAACAAAUCAUAAAUCAUUCCAUUAUAGUCCAUUAAGUUAAGGAGAUUUAUACCAUUUUACUUUCAUUGCAUUUUAUUGUACAUUUGUUUAGGAUACUGUACACAAUGUGGUAGUUUAGUGUCAAUUGGUAAUAAUUUAAAUUUCAUUCUAACAAAUUUUAAUCAGAUUCUAUACAAUUAUACAAGUAAAUAGCGGCAGUAUAGGAAGUUGAAGCCUGGCUAGUGGUGUGAACUCAAGAGCCAUUACUUGUUAGGUAGAGCAGUUACUAUGUUUCACUUAAUAGGCUAUUGCUGGAAUUGCUUAUUGUUUAAAAGGCUUGAUAAGAAAAUACUUAAAACUUUAGCUACAGAGAAAGAAUCACUUCCAAUCUCAUGUUGUCAAAGGUUUGAGAUCUUAAAUAUGAAUGUUUAGGGCAAACUUUCAUUUUAGUUACCAGACCUUCCAUUCCUUGCCUUGCCUUUCCCCACCUCUCAGCUUUACAGAUAACUUUUCACCUCAUUUUCAGUUCUCUUUAUUGCACUUAUGCAUUAACAACUUCUUAACGACCAUUUCACAUUACACCGUGCAUAAAUUAGAGCUUGCUAAUUUCAGGAUGUAAAUUACAAUGAAAGAUUUUGUUCACCACCUCUGUUUGGCCUCACAGUGUGCGUGCGUGCUGGUUACCCAGCUGGCCAGGAGGAGCUUACAGCUUAUACUCUCGCCUAUGCCUAUCUUUUGGUAAAAAUGGAACUCUACCCCCCACACCAAGGCAGGGACUUGAAUCCAGGCCCUCUUGGUUGUGAGCAGAGUUCACUAUCACUCCACUGUGUGUGUUGGGGAGGAAGCACAUAUAAAGGUUGUAACGGUAUGGUGCCCAACUGCUAAUUCAACACGCACACCCACAGUCCAUAUAUAAGGUUAAUUUACACAUGGGCACCACUUUCUUUGUGGUUUUCAGCCAGUUAGCUGUUGAUGAUGUAAGUAAGUACACCAGUGAAGUUAUCUGAGUUCUGUGAUAAAAAACAAAACAAAAUCAGGAUGCAGGACUGUGACUAGAAUGUUAAGUGAGGCUAAACAGUGUGAUAGAGUUAUCUGCUCAAUACACAGUUCAUUCAAUGUGAGAACUGCAUGGAGUUGCACUACCAAAGAUAACCUUUACUAAAGUGAUGACACACCAUUGCCAUUUCCAGGGCAACAGUCUGUUGCCCUCUGGAGGGAGGGAGGGAUAUCACAUAACCAACGGCAUCUGCCUCCUGAACACAAACUAGUGCUCUCCAUUCUAUCAUGUCAUACAAUGGUGCAAUAUGCAUGCAUUAGAAGAUGUAUAAAUGCUAGACACCCUGACUAACAACCUCUAGGUAUGGAUAUGUAUCUCAACAACACAGCUUCCCACACCAGGGCAUGGCAAGCCUUCAAUGUCAGUGGGUAGAUAACUGGCCCAUCAGCAUGUUACAUUCCAGUCAUCAGGGCUUGUGGAAGAACCCAACCUGAUCUGCCUUGGUUUGACUCCCUCUACGUUACAAUAAAAACUGUGAAAUCCUAUAUUAUGAGGCAUAGAAAUAAUGAUAUUCCUGUAUUCUAAUGACAUAUGAAAAAUACUGUAAACCUGUUGGUGUAAACCUGUCUGUGUUUUUAUUAUAGCUUUAAUACAUAAAUAUUUAAUAAUCUUUCACCUCACUCACGCACCAAACCUGUGACUUAAAUUUCUCUCAAUGUACCUCCAAUACUCUCUUCGAAUUUUGUCGUAUUUUGUUGCCAGGGACUCGCAGAUCUGCAAGCAAGGAAACACUGAGGACUUGAAGGAAUGAAUAAAAAAAAUGACAAAAAAUAAAAUUCUAAUCACA